ACGAGAACAUAGUUGGUAACCGGCUUUCCAUUCAGGCUGUAGUUGGUACUCUUGUCGUCUGGCAAGGCGGCUUGCCCUCUCUUGUCCUUAUAUUAUCCGGGUUGUCAGGAUUGUCACGUUUUCUGGUGUCCCUUGUAGCGGCGCUGAGAAGUACGUGUGACUGUCCAACCGUAAGAGGUACUGAACCUGCUACCCUGUUUUAGAAGAUGUCUGUGGUGGGUUUCGAUGUUGGGUUCCAGAACUGCUAUGUCGCUGUAGCUCGGGCUGGAGGCAUAGAAACAGUGGCAAACGAGUACAGUGAUCGCUGCACACCGGCCUUUGUAUCUUUUGGACCGAAAAAUCGCUCCAUUGGAGCUGCAGCUAAAAGCCAGGUUGUUACUAACAGGUCAAAUUUUAUGCAAGGUAUCAAAAGGUUCAAUGGACUUUUUUUUUACGAUCCAGGUUUUGAGGCCAAAAAGCAUGGUAUGAGGUAUAACCUGGUACAGCUCCCUCUGUGUCUAACUGGGAUUUUAUUUUUCCUUUUGUAAAAGGUCAUGUAUAUGGAAGAGCAGAAACUUUUUAGCAUUGAGCAGGUAACAGGAAUGCUCUUUACAAAACUGAAGGAAACCGCUGAAAGUGCUCUGAAGAAACCUGUUGCUGAUUGUGUCAUCUCUGUUCCUGGUUUCUACACAGAUGCAGAGAGGAGGUCUGUAAUGGAUGCUGCACAAAUUGCUGGCCUAAACUGUUUGCGUUUAAUUAAUGAAAACACUGCAGUUGCCCUUGCAUAUGGCAUUUAUAAGCAAGACCUUCCUUCACUUGAUGAGAAACCACGGAAUGUAGUUUUCAUUGACAUGGGCCAUUCGGCAUACCAGGUUUCGUUGUGUGCAUUCAACAAAGGGAAACUGAAGGUUUUGGCGUCUGCAUUUGACACUGAGCUUGGUGGCAGAAAGUUUGAUGAAGCAGUAGUAAACUACUUUUGUGAAGAAUUUAGGAAGAAGUAUAAGCUGGAUGUGAAGUCACAUAUUCGACCGCUGUUGAGACUUUAUCAAGAAUGUGAGAAGCUGAAGAAGCUCAUGAGUGCUAAUGCCUCAGACCUUCCACUGAAUAUUGAAUGCUUUAUGAAUGACAUUGAUGUUUCUGGAAAGAUGAACAGGGCCCAGUUUGAGGAACUCUGUGCUGACUGGUUGGCAAGAGUUGAAGCUCCCCUUCGCAGUGUAAUGGAACAAGCCAAGCUGAAAAAGGAAGAUAUUUAUGCUGUUGAAAUAGUUGGUGGUGCUACCAGAAUUCCUGUCGUCAAGGAAAAAAUUUUAAAGUUUUUUGGUAAAGAGACAAGUACAACACUAAAUGCUGACGAAGCUGUUGCAAGAGGCUGUGCGCUGCAAUGUGCCAUCCUGUCUCCUGCUUUCAAAGUGAGAGAAUUCUCCAUCACAGAUGUUGUGCCCUAUUCAAUAUCAUUGAAGUGGAAUUCACCAGCAGAAGAAGGUUUGAGCGAUUGUGAGGUGUUUCCAAAGAACCAUGCAGCUCCUUUUUCUAAAGUUCUCACCUUCUACAGAAAAGAACCAUUCACUCUUGAGGCAUAUUAUAAUUGCUGCAAGGAGCUACCAUACCCAGACCCUGUCAUUGGGCAUUUCCGUAUUGAGAACGUGGUCCCCCAGGCAGAUGGCAGUAGCUCAAAAGUUAAAGUCAAAGUCAGAGUAAACAUCCAUGGUGUUUUUAGUGUAUCAAGUGCUGCUUUAGUGGAGAUUCGCAAAUCAGAAGAAACAGAAGAGCCAAUGGAAACGGAUCAGGCACCCAAGGAGGAGGAGAAGAUGCAAGUUGACCCGGAAGACCAGGCAAAGGUAGAAGAAAACCAACAGCAAACACAGCCAGAAAGCAACAAGCAACAGGCACAAUCAGAAAACAAGACAGAAUCUGAAGAAAUGGAGACUUCUCAGAAUGUUACAAAGGAUGAAAAGAAAACUGACCAGCCACCUCAAGCCAAGAAGGCAAAAGUAAAGACCACUACUGUGGAUUUGCCUGUUGUCAGUCAGUUGCAGUGGCACUUGGGGCAGGAGAUCCUCAAUACAUGUAUUGAAAAUGAGGGCAAAAUGAUCAUGCAAGACAAGCUUGAAAAAGAGAGGAAUGAUGCAAAGAAUGCUGUUGAGGAAUAUGUAUAUGAAAUGAGAGAAAAGUUGUGUGGAGUCUACGAGAAAUUCGUCAAUGAAGAUGACCGAAACAGUUAUGUACUAAAGCUAGAAGACACGGAGAUAUGGCUGUACGAAGAGGGAGAAGAUCAGUCCAAACAAGUUUACAUUGAUAAACUGGCCGAACUUAAGGCUGUUGGCCAACCCAUUCAGCUCAGAUUCCAAGAAUCUGAAGGAAGACCAAAAGCCUUUGAGGACCUAGGAAAACAGAUUCAGCAGUAUAUGAAAAUAUUGGAUGCAUUCAGUAACAAGGAUGAACUGUACGAUCACUUGGAUGCAGCAGAAAUGGAGAAAGUGGAAACGUGUGUGAAGGAAUCUAUGGAGUGGAUGAACAGCAAAAUGAACCUUCAGAACAAGCAGUCUCUUGCUGUAGAUCCUGUAGUAAAAGUUAAAGAAAUCCAAGCUAAAAUUAAGGAUCUUACAGCAGUGUGUAAUCCCAUUGUAACUAAGCCUAAACCAAAAGUGGAACCACCAAAAGAGGAGGAAAAGGCACCCACACAGAAUGGACCCAUGAAUGGCCAGGAAAACGCACACACUCAAUCUGCAUCAGACAGUGGAGCACAAGACAGUACAACUACUACCCAGCCACCUCCUGAGCAAGACAAGAAGUUGCCAGAAAUGGACAUUGACUGAACUUUCAGAACUUAGUUAUAUUCAGUACUGUUCAAAAUAUGCUUUAAACAAUGUCAGCUGUGUGCUCUGGAUGAAGAUCAUAGCCAAAAUAUAUAAAAAUAUCAUUCCCAA